CUCUUGUUGUCAAGGAAAUUUCUCGGAAGCUGCCUCAAUGGCACUAAAUUCUACUCCUCACCUUCUCCCUAUAAACAACCCACCUUCCUCCCUCAACAUUAUUCAUUUUCAUUCCAUUCUUAUUCAUCUGCUUCCUUUUUAUCACCAUUAAUAAUGAAGCAAUUCAUCAAGAAAAUCAGCCCCAAGCGUAUCUUCGCUGCAAAAAAAGAUAAAAAAGAUCGAUCUAUUCGAUCUGAGCCUUCGUCUUUCAGUUACGGGGCGGCCUCUUCCUCGUCAUCGGACGACUCAUUAUCCGAGUUUCAUAACAAGGUGAAGAGUUCCGCUACUCCCACCAGUGUUCUCCCCGAAACAUCGGGGGACUGGUCGGAUUUAUCGUCGGAGUUUUUCAGUGAAGCUUUCAAACUGAUGGACAGAGAUAAUGACGGGAUGGUCUCGCGGACCCACUUGGAGUCGCUGUUGACCCGUUUGGGAGCGAACCCGCCUACCCAGGAGGAGGUGGCUACCAUGUUGAGUGAGGUUGACCACGACGGCGAUGGGUGCAUAAGCGUGGAGGCGUUGAUGAGCCGGAUCGGGGCGGCUUGUGACCCGGCUGGGGAUGAUGAGAUGAGAGUGGCGUUUGAGUUUUUUGAUACGGAUCAUGACGGGAGGAUAACGGCGGAGGAGCUUAUCGGAGUUUAUAAAGCGAUUGGGGAUGAGAACUGUACGUUGGAUGAGUGCCGGCGUAUGAUUGCUGAGGUGGAUAAAAAUGGAGAUGGGUUUGUGUGUUUUGAGGACUUUUGUCGUAUGAUGGAGCUGCAGAGAUGAUCAUGAUCAUGUGGUGCUGUUGAUUAAACUGUUUUUUUGUAUCUUUUUUUUUUUUUUUGAGUGAAGUAGUUUUGAUCUAUUUUAGCCUGCGAAAAAAAAAGUAGGUUUGAUCCUAGGUGGGGAAUUAGAUGUUAAUGGAAAGGGACGGCUCUGAUUUGUUUGAUCUUGAUGUUAAUGUUGGAGUAUAUAUAUAUAAGAUCAGAUAAAUACUUAACAAAUGUUCAUUUUACCUACUAAAUAUGGUACUAUAAAAGAUCAAUAUUUAUUUCUAA